GCGUCCCCCGUGCCCCCGUGGCUCACGGGGAGGGGAGGGGGGGUCCCUUAUUCUAAAGGAAAGGGUGUAACAGACGGCUCACAGUGUGAGAGAGAGAGGGGGUUACCUGCUACGCCAGAAGAGGGAGAGAAGACCCCCCUUGCCCCGAUAACGUGGACACUUUAAAGGAAGAGCGUGGAGUUGGGAGCCGUAAUCUCGUCGCGGCCUGUAGUACAAUAGCAGCGAAGAUCGGCUCGGACACAGUUCCGGGUGGUGCUGCAAUAGACAUGGCGUCGGCGUACGGCUUCCCGGGGCAGAAACGUCCACUGGAGGAUGCCGAUGUCCCUUGGACGGGCCCCCCGCCCACUAGAGCAGGCUUGGAGCUCGCGCUGUCUCCUCCAGACAAUCCUGACAGCAAGAAAAUGGCGCCUCAAAGUGACCCAAUUGGUGCUCAGUUGGCAGCGAUACAACAGCAGCAGAGCGGCAGAGGUGGAGACGCCCCCGAGAUGGGAUGGUCACCACCGCCCCGGUUCGACUCCCCGGACGGGGACCCUCACUGGCCGCCCUCCCAUCACGGUGGAGGUGGAGGCGGAGGUGGUCUCAACCCCAGGGCCCAAACAGAGGAAAUGAAAAUCCCCGAUAAGAUGGUUGGAUUCAUCAUUGGCAGGGGCGGCGAGCAAGUUUCAAGGCUUCAGACUGAAACCGGCUGCAAAAUCCAGAUCUCACCAGAUGCAGUUGUGGAUGCCACUGGCCUCAUGGAACGUACGUGCAUGCUCAUGGGACCGCCCGAGGCCAUCCAGCAUGCCAAGAGUCUCAUCGACCAGAUUAUCGAGCGGUGCAGGAACGGGGGCCCCUCGGAGAACGGCGCUGAUGGAAUGGUCGAGAUCAUUGUCCCUGCCGACAAGGUGGGGCUGGUCAUCGGCAAGGGAGGCGAGACCAUCCGGCAACUGCAGGACCGUGCUGGUGUCAAGAUGGUCAUGAUCCAGGACAACCGGCAGAACUCGGGCGUGGAUAAACCUCUCCGCAUCACCGGCGACCCUUACAAAGUCCAGGUCGGUGUGCCGCCACUGCAGCAGGGCAGGCUGCCUCCCAAAAGCUCGCAAGCCAAGGAGAUGGUCAUCGAGUUCCUCAGGAAGGAGGACCACCGCGAGAGGUUCGGGGAGUUUGCAGGCCGGACGGGAGGCCGCGAGUCUGUCAAGAUCGCUGUGCCUCGAUUUGCGGUGGGCGUGGUUAUCGGCCGAAGUGGGGACAUGAUCAAGAAGCUGCAGAACGAGGCUGGAGUCCGCAUACAGUUUCAGCCUGAUGACGGCAGUGGGCCAGAGCGCAUGGCUCAGAUCAUGGGCGUCCCGGAGAACUGCCAGCGAGCCGCCAUGAUGAUUAUCGAGCUCAUCAAUGGCAUGCAGAUGGAAGGGCGCGAAGGACCCCCUGGCGGCAUGGGACCACGAGGGAGGGGCGGCCGUGGGCGGGGCUUCGGGGACUGGAGCCCAGGGCCUCCGGGAGGAAUGCAGGACCAAAUCACCUACACCGUGCCCGCGGAGAAGUGUGGCAUCAUCAUUGGCAAGGGUGGGGAGACCAUCAAGCACAUCAGCCAGACAUCGGGCGCACGGGUGGAGCUGCAGAGGAAUCCUCCCCCCAACACCGACCCCAACAUCCGCAUCUUCCUCAUCCGGGGCUCGCCGCAGCAAGUGGACCACGCGAGGCACCUAAUGGAUGAGAAGAUGGGGCUUGGGGGACCUUCUGCUUUCGGGGGAGCACCUGCCCCUUUCGGACAGGGUCCCUAUGGACAGGGACCCCCAGGCCCUCCUCACCAAAAUGGACCCGGGCAGCAGGCCUUCGCUCCCCAGGCGGGUGGGUGGCCCGGUGGAUACCAACCCUGGGCACAGGGGCAGCAGCAGCAACAACAGCAGCAGCAGCAGCCACAGCAGAACCCUGCUGCGCAAGACCCCAGUAAGUCAGGAGACCCCAACUCUGCCGCCUGGGCUGCAUACUACGCCCAGUAUUACGGACAGCAGCCCACGCAACACAACCCCGCGCACACAGCAGAUCCAAGCCAGCCAGCGGGCGGGCAGAACGGACAGCCUGAUUACACCAAGGCAUGGGAAGAGUACUACAAGAAAAUUGGUCAGCAGAAUCCAAGCAGCCAGCAGCCUGAUUACAGCAAGGCUUGGGAAGAAUACUAUAAAAAGCAGGCCGAAGCCCAGGGACAAGGCAGCGGUGGUGCGGCCCCAGGAUCGCAGCAGCAGCAGCAGCAGCAGCAGGGGCAGCCAGGGCAGCAGGGGGGCCAGCCGGACUACAGUGCCGCCUGGGCCGAGUACUACCGGCAGCAGAGCCAGCAGGCGUACUACGCUCCCGGUGGGGCGCAGGGCAACCCCAACGCGCCGCAGGGCCACUGAGGGAGCUCUGAGCCGUGAGCCGCUGUUGCGCAAUCCCGCCAGCUGACCCAGCCACCCCCCCCCCCCCCUCAGCGUUUAGCGCGAUUGUGUGUAUUGAACUCUUGUUAAAAAAAAAUAAUACGAUUUUUUUCUGCUAUCUCUUGUUUCAUUUUUCAUGAUGACGAUAAUAAUGUUAAACGCAUUGGUUAUUUUGUUUGUGUCUAAUGUAAUGAUAAAACCAAGUGGUAUUUUAUUGUGAUGGUAAUUUCUUUGUUUGUUCAAUUUAUAGAAUGAUUGACUAAUGAUUUUUUUUUCUCCUUUCGUUUGUUUUUAUCUCACGUGCGUAUUAUUCUUCGCAUUGUGUGUUUGUUGGGUUUUUUUUUUGGUAUUUUUGGAAGAAAAAAAAACCUCAAGAAAAAAAACGAACCAAGAGUCCGUAGACGAUGGGGACAGUAAAUUAAUCCGUAAUCUGGCACAGGCCUUGCAACGCACGCGCGCACACCCGCACACAGACACUGCGCGGUGGUUUGUGAUUCACCUGUUAACCCUGCUGCACCCCCCUUCCCCCCCUUUGUUGGACUACAAAACGAGUAUAUAUUUUCUAUGUGUUAGAAUUGUGUAACGGCGACUUGAGGCUUUUUGGGGGUUUUGGUUUGGUUUGGGAGAGGCGGGGGGACCGCUUUUGAGAGCGCCAAUACGUGUGUGCGUUCCACACUUCGAGUUUCACGUCAGGUCAUAUGAAAAAUACGCAGCAGGACUAACUUAUUUUUAACAACGUGGUGGUAAUGUGUUAAUUAUUUCUCGUGUUUUAUUUUCAGUUGGGGGGGGGGGGGGUGGAAUGGGUUUGCUUUGAUAGUUGCCGAAAUGAAGUAACAGAAAACGUGUACACAUACGACUCGGUUGAAACAUUUUUAAUAGCUUCCGACAUAAACCUGAAAAAAACGAUGCUUAAAAGAAAGUUGGCGUUUUUGGCCAUAUGUUUCUUUUGAUUGUUGUUGCCCUAAUUGUAGGUGAAAUGAGUUAGCGCGCUGUGUUUGGUGAUACCGCUGUGUGUCUAAGUGGCGUGGGUGGACGUUUCUACGUGGCAGGGAGAUUUUGUUGUUGUGUUCCGUUCGACAAAGGUUUGACAGCGAAGCCCAGGGAUGAGAGUUGUAACUUUCACACAUAUCCAGCGUUUUGUACUUCAGAGUAGUGCCGCUACUCUCCCCUCUCUACUAUGAACGAUUUCCCCCCUCCCCCCCCCCCAGUCCAGCGUCGGUCUUAACCGCCCACAGGAUUAGGGGCUGUGCUAAAAAUGACACGAAAGAAACAUAUAUAUAGUUGGUGACGAGGAAAACUUUGUGCUGUGCCGUUUCAUUUUUCUGCAGGCCUUUUAUAUAGGGGAACACGCUUUACGUAUUUUGUUCGAUCGACCGCCGCCCCCCGACCCCCCCUCUUCAGUUCCUCUUGUUGCUGAACAUUGACGCCUACAACUGUUUUUGGAUUUUUUGAUUCUUUUAAAAUGUCACGCUGUGUGCCGCGAUGGCGGUUUUUAAAUGAGCGAGAGUAAAUUCCAAGAACAUAUUAAAAAUGAGAGUGUGUACCACUGUAUUUCAAUGAUUGCGUAAAACAAAUGUGAUGCGUCCGUCUGCAGUCGAGACGCGACUCAAAGACUUUUUGGCGCAUCUCUUUAUAUGACAAAAAAAUUAUCUCGUUUUGCCAGUAUCGUGUUUUUUCGCUUGUGUUCCACUUGAAAGCUUUGGACAUUGGACAAGUCGUUUAAGUGUCGUAUCGGAAAUAUUUGGUCGGCCCCACGAUUCAACAGAACUAUGUAAAACGCGUGAUGUGGUAUUUUUGCUGUUUUUAUUUUAAAACGUAGCAUGUGCACACGUUUUGUGUGUGUGUGUGUGUAUGCUCUGCAGGUCGUUCGUAAUGUGUUGCGAGAUUUGUGUUUCUGAAAAAAACAUGGGAGAAGGAAGUGGAUCGUUGUGGGAGAGGGGAGGUCGCAGGCAAAUGCACAAUGUGGUGGUUGCCGCGGUUAGAGCAUUUAACUCGGAACCACGAGGUUUUCGGAUGUUAAAUCCCAGUAGCUGGGUAGACUUGUGCCCCAUUAAAUAUUCAGGGUUUGUUACAUUAUGGUGUUUGUACCGUAGAUAAGGCCGCAGGGUGGCGCAAUUCCCAGAGCGGCUGUUUGAAGAUGAGCGCCGGCCCGUGCUCGUUCCGCAGGGGUGAGGCCCCUGUUUUGAAAUCUCCCGCCGUCUGUGAACCAAAAUCGCGCAAGUGCUUUCGUUUCCUCCUCUCGCUACCAAAGUUAAAACUCCCAUGAUUUUUUCAACGAUUUUCUUUGGGUCUUAAAACGUCAGCUGUUUGCUUUCAUACAGUAUACAUGCUAUUUAUGUUUUAUGUUCACAUCGCGUCGGCCUCAGCUGUGUAAGAGCUAAGCUGUGGCGAGAGCUAGGGAUGUGUGAUGCGACAGCUACAUGCGCUUUACACAACUGCCUCUAUGCCCACAAAACCUCCCCAUUCCCUCUCUCCCAGUCUCCUUCCCCCACUUGUCAGUCCUGAUAACAGCCCGUUGGCCACGCUAUUGAUUAAUGUACAUUUCGAAUGAGCAUUUUGAAACGUCAAUUUAAUUGUAUUUUUGAAAACGUUGAGUUCCCCCCUCGCCCCCCAACCAGCCUUGCUUUGGCAGCAUUCUCAAUCUAAUGGAGACUUGGCGGUGUUGGCUAUCGACUUGAGUUCGCUUUCCCAACUUUGAGCAGAGCUGCGCGCUGGCCGCGUCGCGCUGCCACCAAUCUCGGCGACGUGCUCUUGGUGGCAGCGCGGCCUCAACGGCGAAAAUUUGAGACCCCCUCUGGACCCCGUUGUUGAAUGUUGCAUGACCCCCCCCCCCCCAGUCACCCGCGAAAGGUUUUGCUCUACUACUGAUCGACGGUGCGAAAGCGUACGUGAAUUAGCAAUAGUCUAUUUGCAGCACUGGGGUUGUUGCCGACUUGGCAUCGUCGUAGAAUAUUGGAGGGAGACCGUUUUGUCACAAUGUACGGUUCGCCUGAUGCCAAAAAUGCCGUCGCUGUUUUCUGUUCGUUUCCGUUUGGUCUGUUUGCGAGUUUUGAGGCUGGGCCAAAACAAAUACUUAAAAUGAAACGACGUUGCUGUUUAGGGCUGAGCGAUUUGUCGUCUGUGAUGGAUUAUUUGAAACGGCAUCAGGCGACGUGACACUUCCUUGCUGGUUGAACCCAUUUCACCUGUUUAGUAAGUGCAAUUAGCAGCACGGUGAAUGUGGCCGAGGCGGCUGCGUUUCAUUCCACCGAGCAAUUUCCGUGUUGGCGUUUGUCGCAUCGGUUUAGCGUAGGGUUUUCUAUGGUUGUUUGGUGACCUGCUAGUCAGCCUUUGCACCGAUGAGCCAGUUGCAGGGGGAGUUUCUGGUGCAGCCAAGAAAAUAAUUCCUGUCGUUGAGAGACUGAAAAGUACACACCAGUUGCGUUUCAGUGGGCAAUUUUAACCUGAUUUAAAAGUAACGGGUUAUUGAUUCUUGCUUUUACAAGCCACAUUUCUCAAUUGGAACAUCUAUAAUUUGUACAAAACAAGUUUAACAAUUUUUCGUAACAAGCCCCCCCCCCCCCUCGUAGGUCUGAUUUUAAAAAGCAAUCGUAAAUCAACCCAAAAUUUGCACGUGCAUUCUCUGGUAUCCUGUCGCACGCAAAAAUAAUGCUGGUGCAUCCAACCAACUCGGCAGGAGAGAGGGCCUCGGAGAAAGCAUCUCGACACCCUCAUUCCUGGGCAGAGAUUCCACAUCUAUUUGGGGAAAAAAAAUUCCCUUGACAGGGGAAGACGAGGUGUCGAAAGGCAGACGCGUCAUCGCCGUCACGGCCGCGGUUUUUGGCAGUGCGCAGAGUUUGGGAGCUGUGGCACCCUGUGGUAAUAUCGGCGGCGUCCGGGAAUGAAUGCCUCCGGCAGUAAGAUGAUGGGGAUUGCCGUACGCUGAGGAUUUCUUUGUAUCGCUCAUCCCUGAUGUGUGCAUUUGCGCUUAGAUCAAGAGUAGCGUGGGUGGUGAGCCCAGUCGUAGACACCUGCGGAAUCUGACCCCCCACAUAACAUUGCAUCUCUCGCCUGAUUAAUUCUUAAUAAGCCAACGUUUUGUUGUUGUGACUGAUGGGAGAGUCCCUUCAUUUCCUCCUGCCUCCCCACUUCCUCUCCAGCGCCGCAAACCCCUUUCUCAAUUUGAAGCCACGCGGUGCCGUUUUCCAAGCGUUCCCCUCCUCGGUUGUGGGGAAUAAUUCCGUUGUCACGUUUAAUAAAUUGGUGUCGCGAACUUAUUGCCGCGUUUGUCGGCCUCGGGUGCGCGACCCCCCCCCCCCACCACCACUCGCUAUUAGCACCACCACAAGUUGGAUGGGGUGGGGGGGCCUCUUUUUUUAAAGCCGAGAGAUCUGUGCCUCGUUAAUUAUUUUAAAUUAACGGCGGACAAUUGUCGUGUAACCCCCCCCCCCCCCCCACCGUUAGCGGAUACAAGCGCGAUAUUUGCUGUUGAACGCUGUCCCUCCUUCCCUCCCUCCCCCUGAGUUGUGAACUUGACAGAAGCGUUUGGCAUAGAAGACAAUUGAAAGCGCCGCCGUUUCUAUCGCCCAUGGAGUUGCUGCCGUGUUUUGGAAUUGUUUGUGCGUGAAGAGGGGGGAUGUGUUAACCUUGCCACCAAGUGCGCACGUGUGUGUUGUUUUGUAGUUGGAUUUUUUUGGUUUUUCUUUUUUCAAAAAAUGAAAUACAAACUGGUGUAAGCUUCAUUGUGGGGGGGGGGGGGGUGAAGGGUUAAUUUUUGUUUCUCUGGUGAAUGAGCUUUGAUGUUUGCAUGGGUCAUUUUUUUAUCGUUCCCCCGGUGCUGAUAGAGCGAGUAUCGUCUCAUGGUUAUCUUGGCGCGUUGAUUGUGGUCGCGGAUUUGAUUUAUGUAAUGUCUAAGAUUACACGAGUAUAUAACCACAUCUCAAGUUGCUCAUAAUGGGCACAAUUAUGAAACACGUAAUGCGAAACAUUGUAAUUUUUAGAGCGAAUUAUUUGAAAACAAACGAACAUUACUUCCAAAGUUUCUACGGAUUGUUAGAAAAAUCUAAAAAAAAGAAUGGAUCUUUUUUUUAUCCAAUGUAUUUCUUGAGAAAACAUUUUGAGCCCCCUCCCUCCCCCCUCCCUUCAUCGCCUCGGAUUUAUUUUGCACAUCAACACUUGCUGGCGCGUGCAUCUCUCCCAGGAUGUUGGAGAAUGGUCAAGGAUUUGGGUGGUUUUAAGAGCGCGCCCCCAGCCCCACGGCUGCCCCCCCCCCAAGUUUGCUUGGGAAGGACGAGGCGCUUUGUGCUGCAGACCUGUGCGGUGAAUGGUUAACGGAGGGGGGGGGGCGAUGUUCGUUAAUAUAAUGUGGGUUUCUUUUUUUCAUACGUUGAUGACGAUGGUAUUAAUGUUAAAUGAUAUAAAAGCAAGUUUUUGUGUUUUUUUUUUCCAGCCAAUUCCAUUGAAAAUAAAUAAUUUCACGUACACCGUUGGUUUAUUAUUAAUAUUAUUAUUUCUCUCUCGUGUGAAGUGAAUCAUUUUUUAACUUUACACUACAGUUCAGUCGAACGGUAGAUGUCGUUUUUGUACAAGCGAUAUGGGGGUCUGAACUGUACAGCUUCGUUCAGGAUUGUUUAGUUUUUCUCUCUCUUUUUGUUUGUGCGUGUGCCGUUUAUAGCAUUCGGCGCCCCUCCCCCCCUGCUCUCUUCUCCCGAAUUCCCACCACCCACCCCCCCCCCCUUGUCUCCCAGCCCUGCGUCCUAACGUUGUAGCAUGUACCGAAUGAGAAACAAGCUGUCUGUGUCAUUUUACUGUGCCCAUGUUUUAUACUUAAUAAAUUGAUUUGGGAAACAUGUUGAAAA